ACGAUCGAACCGAAUUGAAAGGCGCCGUCUAGUGCGAAGUGGAUAGUACGGAUAUCGACAGUGAACGGCUUGCGCGCGUGAUCAAUGUGACAGCCAACUCUCGUAUAUCCUCGUGAUUUAUCACUCAUGGUGAUGAUACAGCGUGAGUUUGCGUCCGUGACAAGCGCCAGUAAGAAACUCUACAUCAUGUCGUGCGAUCGUGAACUUUAGAGCCAGUCAGUCUGAACCGUGUAUUCAUGUCGAUCUGUACAUGUUUACCCUACGCGAUUUUAUUUCUUUCUUUUGUAAGCUGACUCAGUGGUGCAGGGAUUUUUUUAUCAAUUGCCUGCUGCGGUGAGUUUCCUGUAUCUGUGUGUGGGCUUAUCAGACAGGGGCGUGUAGGCUACCAAAUUUGCCUAUCCCAGAAUUGUCAUCAGGAGCUUGUGAAUUUCAACCCGGUUGAAAGACGUAAAGAUCAUUUUUGGCACCAGACUAGUCCGGCACCAGUCUUCACCUACCAUGGCUGAGACGGAGGAGAUGUUUGGCAACCGCCUCGCUGAGUCGGUCACCCAGGGUUUUCUAUGUCUGUCAUUGUCGCUGGGGCACAAGACCGGCUUGUUCGAGACGAUGGCGGGGUUUGACGAACCCAAGAGCGCCAAGGAAAUCGCUGACGCGGCUGGUUUAAAAGAGAGAUACGUGCGCGAGUGGCUAGGUGCGAUGGUAUCCGGCUACGUUGUUGAAAUAGACGAGGAAACCAGCGAACUAUUUUUUCUCCCGCCACACCGAAGAGCCGCUGUGACGCGGCUCGGGGACAUAGUAGACUGGUCCAUGGUCGCUCAGGGACUACCUAUGGUCUCUAGCGUGUACGAGAAAGUCAUAGAAUCCAUGAAGACAACGGGACCGACUGGUAUUGCGAGUGCUGACUAUUCUCCGAGUUACCACCGAUGGAGGAAUCAAUGUUACGACACCUUCGUGCAGACGUCACUCCUCGAAGCCGUGGUGCCAUCCAUUCCAUGCUUUGAGUCCAUACUCGGUCAAGGUACUGAGGUUCUAGAAAUCAACAGCCACAACGGGUCAGCCGCUCGCAAACUGGCCAGGGCGUUUCCAGACAGUAGUUUCUUCCUGAGCAAUGUCCCCCGGCUAGCUCACGACGACAAAAACAAUCCCGGCGACCCUACAGCCAAUCCCGGCUCGCCUUACAAACAAUUCAACCUGAAGGCGGAGACGCACGAUCCGACUAAGCUGCCCGCUGACUGGUCGGGCAAGUUCGGCGUGGUGCUGGCUAUACAGAACAUCCGGGACUCUCCACGCCCUGACGUCAUCGCUCAAGAGGUCUACCGUAUCCUGAAACCCGAAGGACUGUUUGCUAUGAUGGAGAGCAACAUGAGGUCAAAGAUCGCCGACAAUCGCGACAAUCCCACCGCAGUUUUUGUUUACACAUGUAGUCUCUUCAGUUCUCUUCCACAGUCGCUGAGCGAAGAGGGCGGGCUUGGUUUGGGCACGGCGUUUGGGCGCGAAUCCUUCAAACCACUCCUGGAGAAAGCAGGAUUCCAGUCGAUCACACUCGUCCCUGUACCGGGGGAUCCGCUCGAUAACGUGACCUACGUGUGUAAAAAAUGAUUCCUCCGUUUCUUAAGAUGAGCAGUAAAUUGUGUGUUUGUUUUAAAUACAUUUUUUACUUGAUAGAUGAAUACAGAUGUUUUUUAUUGUUGUAAAUUCCAUGUAAACAAUUCUAAUGUCAAGAUAUGGUGCACUCACUGGAUUGGGUUGCUCGUUAUACAGUGAAGGUGCUAACCUGCUGAGGAGAAGGUUGGCUAGCGAGAAAUAAAACCACAUCUGAAUUUAAUCAUGGCUACGACCGGCAGUAAUAUACGAUUAUAUCAGGAGAGGAUUAUGCCGCUUCUAUAUGAUGGCGCAUAAUAUCGCAAGCCAUAGCCAGUUAAAGGCAUAUAAGAUCAUCUACAUUUAUCCCAACGGUAUUCUUACCGAAUUACAAUGUAUUAUCAAACAAGUUUUGGAUUAAAGAUCGUACUGGUAAUAAACACCCCGUGAAAUUAUUCCAUCUGGCUUGCUGCCAUUAAAAAGAAAUCAAGAAUGUAGAGGUGAUUUCCAACGAGCAGUCAUUUGACUGAUUUUUUUAAGAUAAAGAGUGCAAAAGACGACAUUGUGUUUCGUGAUCAGCAAAGAUGGGGAAGUUUGUUUUUAGUUUGUCUCGUGAUAGCAACUGAGCUGAAACUUCCACAGGUUAGGAUUGAACAUUCUUCUUUGGAUUUUGAUUGGAAAGGAACAACAUGCACGAAAAGUAAAUGAUCCUAUAUGCCUUAGUUCGAUCAAAAAUCUUCAAAGCCUAUAAAACGGAGGGCCUUGUCAUCGUAUUAGCGCCAGGCUGGGCAAAGCGCACGAUCAUUGUACCUUGGAAAUUAAUUACUUUGAUUUGUAUGGUUCUGUACUGUCCCGUCUCAUGAAUUCGGCACGUCAUCUUAGACUGGUGCCCGGUCGCAAUGUUGCAUACAAAACCGAUAUGGACCAAAUAUAAGUCUUGGAGCCAGUUUUUUUUUUUUAAAGGUUUGGUGUGGUUUCUCUGAACUUGGUUGAUUUAAGAUAUUUUUUUCAACUUAUGGGAACCAUUGCUCCUCUUGAUUUCGAUUUUUUUUUUAAGUGAAAAGAUCUUUUUUUUCCGCGCCAUCGUCUUGCAUUGUAGUUGUAUCAUAUACCACAUUAUGAGGGUGAGGUCGUGCAUAUUAGGAGCCCCACUCUAAAAACAUACCAGAUUCUUUGCGAUUCAAGUUGAGAUAGUAAUGUAAUUUAAACUCUACAGGGUGAGUAAAAAAACCAAAACCCAAAUGUCGGGACUAUUGUUUUAUUGAAGUUUUGCAUGUAGCACUUUCAAAAUCUAGGAUAUGAGAGCCCAGUUCAUGAGAUUUCUUUGAGUACAAGAAUCAUUCCAAUCACUCAUGUACUUUUCAAGUUACGGAAUUUUAAACACAACCACCGUUUUAAGGUUCUGUCCACGGAUCACGGUUUUUUUUACUCACCCUGUACAGUCAUGACUCCAUAAAGACACGGUGUUACAACCGUGUCAGCGUUUAUGUGGUCGUUAUAAUGUCAAGUCCGAAUUGUGUGUUUAGUAACGCUGAUUAUUUUGUGUUUUGUAUUUUUUGCCACUGCAAACUGUUGAUAAAAAGGUAUUUUAUGCGGAGGCAAAACGACUGUUUCGGAUACACUUUGUAUACAUUUUUAAGGAAGUAUUACAAUUUGCAAUGCGUCUUUUUUUUAAUUCAUUAUCCAUUCUAGAGUGAAUUGGGACAUAAUAUCAAGCCUCAUUCGGAAAAUAAAUAUUAAAGAAUAUGUGAA